AUGGUGCCGGCUCAACCCGGCCGGGUGAUCGCUAUGGUAACUGGGGCGGGUCGCAUGGUCCUGGCUGGUUGGGCGCAUGCGCGCGGGGACUACGAGCUGCGCCGCGCCACCGCGGGCCCCUCAGCUCCCCUCGACAUGGCGCUGAGGCGGCGACCGCGACUCCGGCUCUGCUCCCGGCUGCCCGACUUCUUCCUGCUGCUGCUUUUCAGGGGCUGCUUGAUAGAGGCUGUAAAUCUCAAAUCCAGCAACCGAAACCCAGUGGUACAAGAAUUUGAAAGCGUGGAACUGUCUUGUAUCAUUACGGAUUCACAGACAAAUGACCCUAGGAUUGAAUGGAAGAAAAUUCAAGAUGACCAAACCACAUAUGUGUUUUUUGACAACAAUAUUCAGGGAGACUUGGCAGGUCGUGCAGAACUACUGGGGAAGACUUCCCUGAAGAUCUGGAAUGUGACACGGAAAGACUCUGCUCUUUAUCGCUGUGAGGUUGUUGCUCGAAAUGACCGCAAAGAAAUUGACGAGAUUGUUAUUGAGCUAACUGUGCAAGUGAAGCCAGUCACCCCUGUCUGUAGAGUGCCGAAGGCUGUACCUGUGGGCAAGAUGGCCACGCUGCACUGCCAGGAGAGCGAGGGCUAUCCCCGGCCUCACUACAGCUGGUACCGCAACGACGUGCCGCUGCCGACAGAUUCCAGAGCCAACCCCAGAUUUCGAAAUUCCUCUUUCAUCUUAAACUCUGAAACAGGCACUCUGGUGUUCAGUGCCGUUCACAAGGAGGACUCGGGGCAGUACUACUGUAUCGCUUCCAAUGAUGCAGGCUCAGCCAGGUGUGAGGAGCAGGAAAUGGAAGUCUAUGACCUGAACAUUGGCGGAAUUAUUGGGGGGGUUCUGGUUGUCCUUGCUGUCCUGGCCCUAAUUACGCUGGGCAUCUGCUGUGCAUACAGACGUGGCUACUUCAUCAACAACAAACAGGAUGGAGAAAGUUACAAGAGCCCAGGGAAGCCAGAUGGAGUUAACUAUAUCAGGACAGACGAGGAGGGUGACUUCAGACACAAGUCAUCCUUUGUGAUCUGAGACCUGCCGAGUGAAUGAGAGCACAUGCAAAUACCUCUACGAGAAACUCCUGUCAAGGGCAGCCAUGAACCGAGUGCACUUGGACAGAGCUAGACACUCGUGCAGAAGUUUUUUGUUUGGCCAAAGUUGACCGCUACUCCUUUCUUACUCUUUUUAACAAGCCACAUGAACAAAAGAAUUUUUCUCAAGAUGGACACAGUAACCACAAAGAAAAGAAACAGAAUGCGUGCACUGAGUUGGUUCCCAGUCUGUUUCUGGCCCAAUUCCCACUUGAGUAUUAGGGUGCUCUUCAAGAUAUCUUGCUCACAUAAACGCUCCUGUGUGGGCUACUGUGGACCUGCAAGGCUGGUGUAUUUGCCACUGAUUGCUCGUCUACCAGGAUGAGCGCCACCUGAGGCGAUGAGGCAGCUGUGCAGACCAGCAGGGUUAGCCCUGGCUGCACCCAGAAGCUUGUUAAUAUAGUGACCUUGUUUUGUUGACCCACAGACCCCAUUGUACUGUUUCUUCUUAAAGGCUCUGUUGAUCAGUGUUGUAAUGUUCAUCUUGGAGAAUCUUUUUGUAUCAGCAUUUUAUAAAAACAACCAAAUCAGGAAGAUAAAUUGCUUGCUGGAAGAGGGAUCUUCUUGUCUGAGGAGGCUUGCUUGUCCAAGAGGGUGUCAGGAUUUAAGGAAAACCUUCGUCUUAGGCUAAGUCUGAAAUGGUACUGAAAUAUGCUUUUCUAUGGGUCUUGUUUAUUUUAUAAAAUUUUACAU